CUUAUCACAGCUAGACAACAUUAUCACUGAACUUGUACUUGUUAAAUGGUUCAUUUCAUUUUCAAACGUUUACAUAAGUGAAUAAUUUUGUUAAUAUGGACAGCAACGACGAUGAAGUGAUUUUAUUUGAGAACGGAUCGAUUUGGCAAUGGACCGACCAUGGCUCUGAAGCCAAACGAGCGAAUUGGUUCACUGUGCACAAUAACAAAUUCAAAAACAUUGGAAACGGUGAUGCCCCACAUAAUGUACGAAAAACGGCUACAAAAACCAUCAACUUGGGCGGAAGGUUGGUGUUACCGGGCUUGCACGACUCCCACAUUCACAUCUAUCAUAUGGGCGAGUGUAUGCAAUACGUCGACUUGCAUGGAUGCCAUUCGAUCGACGAACUCAAGAAGAGGGUGGCAGAACACGCCAUUGAUCAUCCAGAUAGCAAGUGGAUUCUCGGUGUCGGUUGGGAACAAGACAAGUUGACAGUGAACGGUGCAUAUCCAUCGAGAUAUGAUUUGGACGAAGUGGUGAGUGAUCGGCCAAUAUUCUUAUCGCGAGCCUGUUGGCACAUCGCUGUGUGCAACACAAAGGCUAUGGAAAUCGCCGGCAUGAAUUUGGAACGGAACGACUUAGAUAUUUCGAAUGGAGUGGUAGAUGUCGAUGAAAAUGGCGUUCCAACUGGUGUACUUCGAGAGGAUGCCAGGAAUUUGGUGAUGGAUCACAUUCAAGAAAGUUCUGACGCCGUUCGUUUGAAGUACCUCAGUGCUGGCUUGCGGCAAUGUCUUCAAUUCGGUUUGACAGCUGUCCACACAAAUGACUUCAAUUGUUGGAAGCUGUACCAGCAGCUGCAAUUGCAGGCAAACCUACCGAUUCGUGUUUAUUUGACACCGAAACAUUGUGAAAUCGGAGGCACUGAUAUACCACCGAGCGGAACAACCGAGGAUUUGUUAAGCUGCGAUCGUGUCAAACUUUUCUCUGACGGAAGUCUGGGCGCAGAAACAGCAGCCCUUCGUUUACCGUAUCGUGGAACAGACAAUAGAGGUGUACUCAUGGAAUCUGAUGAGAAUUUGCUGCGUAAAAUAUUGGAAGCAGAGGCGAACGGAUACCGAGUCGAAAUUCAUGCGAUUGGUGACCGAGCGGCAGCGCAAGUGAUCAAUGCCAUCAAGAUGGCUGGAAUUAAGCCGGAACGUCGUCCAAUUUUGACACAUUGUCAGGUUCUGGGCCCCGAUCUAAUCGAGAGUAUGAAACAACUCGGAAUAAUUGCCGACAUUCAGCCGUCAUUCGUUGUCACAGACACAUCGUUCGCACGUAAACGUUUAGACGAAGGUGUACUGCCGUACUCGUACUGCUGGAAGCGACUAAUGAACUCAAACAUCGUGUGUGCGGGCGGAAGUGAUGCGCCGAUCGAGACGAGCAAUCCCUUCCAAGGCAUCUACGAUGCUAUGUUUAGAUGCGAACCAGGUGCCGAAGAUUGUUUGCAUAUUGAAGAACGACUCAGCUUUGAACAAGCUCUGCUCAUGUACACCAAGAACGGCGUUUUCACCGUUAUGAAGGAAAAUGAACUGGGCGAAAUUCGAUCCGGAUUCAAAGCGGAUUUUGUUGUUUUGCACGAUGAUGUGACUAAAGAUUAUGAGAGGCUACGGAAUGAUGGAUUAGUGCACAGCGUUUGGGUGGACGGCAUUGAACGGUUCAAUGCCAAUAAGGACAAUGGAACAGAUGGCGUUGAUUCAGGACUGCAAUUUCGUAAUAGCAAUUUGGGUGGCAAAAAUGGACGAAUGGGAUUUUGUCCCUGUUGUUCGAGGUAAUUCGAACGUACAUCCGACUAUGUUAACAAAACGAAACGAAAGCUGCAGCAGGUACAAAGUGUAAUUAGUGAGUAUUAGAUUGAGUUACUGUAACCUGAACAGUAAAAAGCUCUUAAGGUUUCGAAGGUAAUUUCGAAAAUGAUGUAACAAAAAGACAAAGAAAUUAAAUCUGCAGGAUAUGUAAAA